AAAAAAGUGCUGGUCACAUGAUCUGUAGAAGGGCGGGGCUAAUGGUUCGCUCGAGGAGUUCUUGCUCGAAAAACAUGGACCAAAAGAUUCCGUACGAUGAUUAUCAACUGCCAGUAGUGUUUCUUCCUUCCUAUGAGAGCCCUCCUGCAUGGAUCCCUCCACAAGAGAGGAUACAUCACCCUGACUACAACAAUGAGCUCACUCAGUUCCUACCUCGCACUAUAGUGUUACAAAAGCCCCCUGGUGCACAACUGGGCUUCAAUAUCCGUGGAGGAAAGGCCUCACAGCUUGGUAUAUUUAUUUCAAAGGUGGUGCCAGAUUCAGAUGCCCAUAGGGCAGGACUGCAGGAGGGGGAUCAGGUGCUUUCUGUCAAUGACGUGGACUUUCAAGACAUUGAGCAUUCAAAGGCUGUGGAGAUUUUAAAGACUGCAAGAGAGAUUUUGAUGAAGGUCCGAUACUUCCCUUACAACUACCAGCGGCAGAAGGAGAGGACUGUACACUAGGUGGCAGAGCUGACCUUCAUGACUGAACCGGUGCAGUGACGCAGCUGAUGAGGCGUUGGUGUGCCAGCCAAACCUUCAGCUGCCCUGCAUCAUCUUCCUCCCACUAACUAUUUGCUCUGACUAAGAGACUGCUCAAAGAAAUCAUCUUCAAACACUUCACGACAUGCCUGAUGAUUCACAGCUUCUUCACCCAUAGUGGUGGUUUUGAGUUGUGCCAGUUUUGAAUGCAGCUGGUGAAAUUUUCAGAUACUUUCCCCUCUUCUCUGUCUUCUCAUCAUUUCCUUUCUUCUGGGAAAAUAAGCAUAUUCUAUGAGAUACACUAUAUUGCCAAAAGUAUUGGGUCACCCCUCCAAAUCAUUGAAUUCAGGUGCUCUUCAGUGAAAGUGAAAUUUCCUCACUACUGAAUAUUCCACGGUCAACUGUUAGUGGUAUUAUAACAAAGUGGAAGCAAUUGGGAACAACAGCAACUCAGCCACGAAGUGGUAGGCCACGUAAAAUCACAGAGCGGGGUCAGCGCAUGCUGAGGCACACAGUGCACAGAAGGUGCCAACUUUCUGCAGAGUCAAUAGCUACAGACCUCCAAAUUUUGUCUGGCCUUCAGAUUAGCUCAAGAACAGUGUGUAGAGAGCUUCAUGGAAUGGGUUUCCAUGGCCGAGCAGCUGCAUCCAAACCUACAUUGCAAAGUGUCGGAUGCAGUGGUGUAAAGCACGCCUCCAUUGGACUCUAGAGCAGUGGAGACGAGUUCUCUGGAGUGACAAAUCGCACUUCUCUGUCUGGCAAUCUGAUGGACGAGUCUGGGUUUGGCGGUUGCCAGGAGAACGGUACUUGCCUGACUGCAUUGUGCCAGGUGUAAUGUUUGGUGGAGGGGGGAUUAUGGUGUGGGGUUGUGUUUCAGGAGUUGGGCUUGGCCUCUUAGUUCCAGUGAAACUCUAUAAAGACA